ACUAGCUUUUGUUUUUUUCUCUGUUUAGGUGUCUCAGUGAGUGUUUCCACCUUCAACCUGGUGGCCAUUUCUUUGGAGCGCUACAGUGCCAUUUGCAACCCGCUGACCUCCAGGACGUGGCAGACAAAAUCCCACGCAGCGAAGGUCAUCACUGCCACCUGGGUGGCGUCCUUCAUCCUGAUGCUGCCUUACCCCAUUUCUAGCACCCUGAAGCCCUUCACCCGUCUCAACAACAGCACCGGACACAUGUGCCGCCUGGUGUGGCCCAAUGAUGUCAUCCAACAAUCCUGGUAUGUGUCUCUGCUGUUGAUCCUCUUUCUGAUUCCGGGCAUUGUCAUGAUGACAGCCUACGGACUCAUCUCCUUGGAGCUCUAUCGGGGAAUCAAGUUUGAGAUUUCUAACAGAAAAUCGAGCAGAGACAGACAAUCCAGUACUGGCAGCAUCAAGCCAGGCGACAGCGAUGGCUGCUACUUGCAGCCGUCUAAAAGGAAAAGCCUAACAGUGGGUAUGGGCAUAUCCCCCAACUCUACCAGCGCACCCAUGGUGGGCCGGGUGUGCAGCAACACCUCUACAUCCAACCUCAUGGCCAAGAAGCGCGUGAUCCGCAUGCUCCUGGUCAUAGUUUUCCUCUUCUUCCUGUGUUGGACGCCCAUCUUCGUGGUCAACGCCUGGCAGGCUUUUGACCAACGCUCAGCCCACCGUCUGACGGGCGCUCCCAUUUCCUUCAUCCARCUGCUGUCCUACACCUCGGCCUGCGUCAACCCCAUCAUCUACUGCUUUAUGAACAAGCGCUUCCGUCAGGGCAUGCUGGCCACCUUCACCUGCUGCCGCUGCUCCAGGAGAAGGAAUCUCGCGAGCGUCAGCUCACUGAGGUCGGCGGGGAGCAGAAUCACCAAAGGGGAAGUGGGCAGAUCCAAACCAGGGCCAAAGAGCCCCGAGCAGAACGGUCACACGCCUCCAAGUGGUGCCAGCACACGGUUCACCUACAGUGGCAUUCGUGGGUCCUUGACUUGAAUUUCAACACACCAGGCAAACACACGGCGCGCUGUAAAGUAAAAACCCCAUACCACUACUUAUAGGACUCAGUCUUGUCCGACUCUGUUGCUUUUAUCUCUGUGACAUAACAUUGGACAAAUAAGUUCACGGCUGCUGAACGUUCAGUACUCUCACAGCAGYUCAGCAGGAACAGAUGUCCCCUUCAAACUUUGCGCGUUCAGAGCGGUGACGGAUGUGUUUCAGCCUCACGGAGCGUUGCAACGUGGAGGGUUCUGAUGCAGCAUUAACUGAGCCGAYGCUCAAGUAUCUACAGAUUUCACACUUCACACCGCGCUACCGUCAAACAAUGCACCGCUGAGACCUUGUUCCCAAUAAUAAAACACRAAGAAAGGAUUUUUGUAACUCAGUCGAACAAGGAUGUUUUUUUUUUUAAAAACGAUUUAACUGUGGCAGUUCUUGACAUCAAUCAGUUGCAUAUUUACUGAACGUCUGAUUGAGUGGAAGUCGUUUAAUGAAGUCAUGACCCGCCUUCACUCCAUUUCUGAUCGACAUUCCUUCACUAAUUAAUCUGAUGCUUAUGGGUUUUCUCCAGGUACUCUUUUCCUCCCACAGACCAAAAACAUGCAUGUUAGGUUCAYGGRCAGUUCGAUAUCGUCCCUGUGUGUGAGUAAGAGAAUGAAUGGUUGGUUGUCUCUAUGUGURCCUGUGAUGGACUUUUGACCUGCCUGGGGUGUCCACUGCCUCACACACUGACUGCUGGACUUGACGCUCGCCCGCCAUGACCCCGAAAGGAGAAGAGAGUAAAGAAAACAGAUCAAUGCUCAUUUAMUCUUAAAACGGAACAGUUCAAGUCUAUUUUUCUGCUUAAAUCGUGCUAAAAAAGUAGACUGAGCGCUGAAAAGGUGAUCAUUUUGAAGUUUCUAAAUAACCAUUAUUACGCUAAAUGUAUGCUAAUUUGUUAAACCCUAAAUUAACUGGAUUUUUAACAGAAGUUGGGAGCUGAAGUGUGGUUAGUUUAAAGUGACCAGAUAUAAAAUAAAAUCUGGGGACAUUUCCAGGUCACAGAUAAAAAAAAUAAUUAAAUGAUAUCAAGAAAAAAUGAAGAAAUGGGACAGCUUUAUCUGGUCAUCCUAGGUUAGCUUAGUGAUUAGCAACCAAAAGAGCGGGAAAGAUCUUUUCAGAAUUCAGAGUAAUAAAUCAGCUUAUCUGUCAUCUUCUCUAUAAUUCARAGAAAACUAAUUGUUUUCCAAAGUUCAUAUAAUUUAUCCAACACUCACUAUUUAACCCCUAAAAGUCAAACUUCCGAACUAAAAUCAUUUAAAAGCUGAAUUCAAGAGAACAAUUAAUGCAAUUUGUAAAUUACGUUUUACUCAGCAAAGAUAUGCCUUCACUGAUAGGUAAACGCAGUCAGGAGCUUCAAAACGAAAUCUCCGAUAACACAAACAGUUCACGUCCUCGACCUUGUGUACGGACUUUGUGUGCACCGAUGGGACUUUUGAGCUGGAGAGGCCUUAUCGUUUCUGUGGGAUUUUCAACACCUGCAGCUUCAAAGAGCCACUUCCUGCCAUGAUUCUUACUGUUAAAUAUAGCAGCAUCCAUGUAGCAACGUGUACCUGUUUUGUGUGUUUUUGUGUUAAAAAUCUUGAUGUUGAUGCGUAAUACUCUUAAUUAUUGUGUUUCUUACUGAAAAAAAAAAAACUGCAGGGGGAUUAAGGACAUGGCUGAAUGUAAAAAGAUAAGACUUUAAGAACAUGCGAGCUGAAAAACUCCCGCUCCACAACCCAUUUACUCAAAAACUGGCUGCUGGAUGAACAAAUAAAAGACCGAAUGUCGACCCAGGGCGGGCAACGCUUUUAAUAAGUUUCUAAAAAAAAAAAAAAACAAAUGGAGUGAAAGGACGGGGACUUCUCACCCUGCAGCUACUGGAGAUCCAAAAGUACUGAAUGCUGUAAAAAGAAAAAGCCUGGGUCACUAGAAAAAGCCUGGGUCACUGGUUUCUACAGGUUUUUUAGCAUCAGUGGAGCAAAAAAAAAGGGGGGGGGGGAGUAAUAAAAUGAUCUAAAUGGACAGAAACUCUAGACGGGACAUCUCUCUCUAUGAUAUCGCAAAAAUGAGUUUUAGGAGGAGGGGGGGUGUCAACAUGUGAAUUAAGAUUAAAAAAUAGACCGAAUGGACAGAGGAACUUCAGUGGAGACUUCUCACCCUGCAAACAUUAGUGACAUAAAAGUUAGGUUUAUUCCAAAAGGGGACAACUGGGGUAACUUUUUAUACAUGUUUAGCAAAAAUGGAUCUAGAAAACAAUAAAAAAUAAAAAAGGUACUUCUCUCCAAGAGAACCAAGAGGACAGAAUGAUUCUAGUGGGACUUCUCACCCUGCAGUCAAACAUGAUUAACUUCAAAAAAGGGAACAUCUUUGUUGCCCAUUUAUUUUUCAGAAACAACUGGACAAAAAAUAAAUUACGGAUGAAAGGACUUCAGUUUUUUUUCUCCCCAAAAUGGACCGAGAGUAGAGGAACUCUAGUAAAGACUUCUCACCCMGCCACCAUUACUGGUGUAAAAAUCUGGUUUACUCUAAAAAAUGAAUUGUCGAGGUAACGUUUUCUAUACAUUUAACUAAAACGGGUUUAUAAAUAAAUAAAGGACAGAAGAACUAGUAUUUUUUCUCUACUGGGACUUCUCACCUUGCAGUCAACAGUGAUGAGAGCAUAAAUAACAUAAAAAAGCAGGGGGAUCACUUAUUUGUAUGUUUUUCUGGCAUCGAUAUGGAAAAAAAACUACAAUAAAAAACAAAACAUAAAAAAAGUUUCCAGUUAAGCUUUAACCCAGAUUUAUUUUGACCAAACGGCAGCUGAAUGGUGAAUAAAAAAUAAAAAAAGAAACAACACAAACCUUUUAUUUCACUUUUUUUUUAAUUUUCAUUUUUAUGCCAGUAUUGCAUGUUUUUUUUUCAGUUUUUUUCUCUUUUAAAAGACAUACAGAUUUGAGCAUGAUCUGGAGCUGCAAUAUGUACAAAAACAAACUAACGUAUGUUAUAAAAAAAAACGACAACAAAAGAAUAAACCGUCCCCUUUGUUUUUGACAUUAUUGCUAAAAUGUUACAAACGGCACAGGUUUCUAGAAUCAGCAACCAUUCGAGCACUGAGUAUACUACCACAAUGACACCUCUGCUUACCAUUUUACUAGAAUAAUACACAGAUCGAGUGAGAGAGAAGGUUAGAUAGUGGAAGGACAUGAAGGAAGAAGAAAACAAACGAGGACAAAAACAUCAAAAAUAAAACCAGGUGAUGGGACUGUAGCGAAGCUUUAGCACAAACGGGCUUCGUGUUGAGAAAAAAAAAA